UCAGUUAACAUUAAACAAAUGUACACAAAGCAAAUUGCGUUACUAAAUGCUCAAGUCAGAAUUAUAAUGAAAAGGCCGAUUUAACCACUUUAGACUGACUUCAAAUAGAAAGCACGCAACAUCGACACAUACCAAAAUAUACAUUCCGCGCUUCACAACAACAACAACAACAACCCAAAGUAUUGCAAAAAAAUAGAUAAAAAAUUUAUAACGAAUCAAUAAAAUUUGGAUUACCAUUGCAGGCGAAAAUACAAAAGUAUCUGCCAGAGUACGCACGGACAGCUGUUGGCAUUCUCAAGCAGACCUUGCCCGAUUGGACAUUUAAAAGGAAUUAAAAGUAGGACGUCAUAAUGCUGUCGCGUCUUCAAGAUUUUCUAUCACGCCAUCGACGUAAAUUGGUGGUGACUGGAGCACUGGUGGGCGGCACUAUUUAUGCAGCACGUUAUGCACGUCGCAAGUUAGUGGAGUACCAGGAGAAACAGGCGCGUGAUUUCUUUGAGCGCACGCGACGUAUGCAUCAUUUUGAGUCCACGGAACGCACUUGCAAUCAAGUGAUACUUGGCAUGGGUGAGGAAAUGUGCCAGGCAGUGUUGAAGGAAUGCAGCACGGAUGAGCUGCUCGAGCAGCUGCGUCAGAAUCCAAGCAACAAACUGGAACUCUGGGAGCAAAUGAAAAUCGUAUCAUUUACACGUCUGGCCACCUUCAUCUAUGCAUCCUCCAUGCUGGUUAUAGCAUUACGCGUGCAGCUCAAUCUGCUAGGCGGCUAUAUAUAUAGAGACAUCAUGAACGAGCAGAGUCAGAUUACUGACGAGCUAAAGCAACAGUAUCUAUCGCUUAUACGCCAUUUUAUUACGGACGACGGCAUAACGGAUCUGGCGCGUUAUAUACGCACCAAAGUGCUGGAAGUGCUCAAGGCGAUGCCAUUGACGCGACAGCUGUCUUUGGCUGAUACGGAACAAAUCUUCUGGUCUCUGCAAAUGGCCAUCAAUGGCGACACGCGGCACGAUCCCAAUUCCCGAAUGAGCAAGUAUCUGUUGCCAGAUGUAAGUCGAGUGCAGCAACGCAAGAACUGUUCGCCGCAAUUGUUACAGAUGUACAACGAGACGCUAGAUCUGCUUGAGAGCGAGGAUUGUGUAAGCGUCUGCUCACAAAAUGUGAGUCGUGGUUUUGUACUCAGCUGUGAUGCCAUUGCUGAGUCCAUGGGCGACUCGUUGCAGCAGCUGGCACCUAGUGAGAGCGUCAACAAAGAGAGCAGCAGCAGCCAGACGAACAACAAUAAUUUGCUAAAUAUUAAUACAGUGCUGCUGGCGCUGGCUAAGAUAAUACCCAUCAUCAGUGGACUUACAUCACGUGGCUACGACAGCGCUGCUCGACCACAUAGUCUGGCCACGCAGCUGCUGAGCUUCUACGUGGUGGCGGAAAAGUCCAAAAUGUUGGGCGCCAAUGUUUACGAGACCUUUAGCUCCGGCUAAGCACUGUAGUUUAUUCUACAGCCUAAGACAAUUUGCAACUUAAGAUGUAAAAUUAUUAUUAAUUAUUUAAAGAGCUAUAUAAACCCGAAAUAUUGUAAAACUUGUAUUUACAUUCGUCUAUUUGUAACUAUGCAGUAAGACUAACAAUAAGCUAAGUGAAUUUAUGAAGAUCUAUGUACAUUUACAAAUGGGGUUUAGUUUUAAGUUAAGCGAACAACGUGAAUGGCCUUUUAAAAUAAAAACAAAAAUAAAUUAUUC